AUGUCUCAUCAUCAGAAGAGCCAGCCCUCUGAACUUGAAAGAGGCCCUCAGGCCCAAAUAGAAACACCAUGCCUGGUGGGUGAGCUAGUUCCCCAGGCUGAAGAGGAGGCUACUGCUACUGUGUCUCCUUCCACUUGUCCAAUUCUGGACAUUACAAUGAAGAUGUUACUAAGUUUGGUCCCCCAGGUUAAGGAGGAGGAGACCACCACCACCAUCAACUCCUCUCCCACUCCUCUGAUUCUGGAUACCCCAAUGGAAAUAUCAACAGAUCUGGGGGGUGAGCUGGUCCCCCAGGCUAAGGAGAAAGAGGCUAUUGCUAUUGCCUCUUCUUCCUCAACUCCUCCAAUCCCAGAAACAAUGGAUUUAUUAUUAAGUAUGGUGGGUGAGCUGGUUCCAAAGGCUGAGAAGGAGGAGACCACUGCCAUUGCUUCCUCUUCUCAAACUCCUCUAAUUCUGGAGACCGUAAAUGAGGUGUCAGCUGGCCUGGUGGCUGAGGGAGAUCCCCUGGAGGAGGUGGAGGCCAUGCCCUUCUCAUUUACUCCUUUGAGUUUAUACACCACAAUGGAGAUGUCAUUAGGCCUGAUUGAUGAGCUUGUCCCCCAGGCUGAGGAGAAGGCCAUUGCUAUCAUCUCCUCCACUUCCACCCCUUCCACAACUCUGAUGGUGGACACCACAAUGGAGGUAUCAGAAGGCCGAGUAGGUGAGCUAGUUCCCCAGGCUGAGGAGGAGGAAGCCACUACCACUGCCUCCACCUCUUCUCCAGAUACUACAAUAAAAAUGUUAUUAGAUUUGAUAGAUGAGCUGCUCCCCCAGAUUGUGGAGCGGAAGGCCACUACCACAGCCUCCUCUUUUCCCACUCCUCUGGGCCUAGAUCCCACAAUGAAGACGUUAUUUGAAAUGAUGAGUGAGUUGGCUCCCCAGGCUGAGGAGGAGGAUGAAGCAAUGGUGGUGGCCUCCUCCCCUGUCAGUCCUCUAAUGCUGGACAUCAUAAUGGAAGGGGAAGAAGAUCGCGUGAACGAGGUAGUCCCACAGGCUGAGGAGAAAGAGGCCACUGCCAUCGUCUCCUCUUCUAGUGCCAUGGUCUCCACUCCAGAGGGCCAAUUCAAUUUGGGUUCUAGCACUCAACAGUGUUUACAUCAGUGCCCUCAGUGCAACUUGAUAGAUUCUAUAAUCUUGCAGCAAAAUUCAGCAGUAUUAACCCCCUUCCUACUCCUCAAGUAUUGGAAGAAGGAGUUGGUCACCAAAGAAGAAAUGCUCAAUUACAUCAACAAAGAUCACCAGCAUUAUUUUCCUAUGAUCCUAGACAGAAUUAUUUCCAGUAUGAGGCUGCUCUUCGGCAUUAAUAUGAAAGAAGUGGAUCCCACCUUCCACUACUAUGAGCUUGCCACUGCAGCAGGGAUCACAUAUGAUGGGCUUAUGAGUAAUGUCCAGGGCAUGCCCAAGACGGGCCUCCUGAUAAUAGUUUUAUGUAUCAUCUUCAUGGAGGGCAAUCGUGCCAAGGAAGAGGUCAUAUGGAAGGCACUUAGUGUAAUGGGAGUGUACCCUGAGUGCGAGCACUACAUUUAUGGGAAUCCCAGGAAAUUGAUUAUGGAAGAUUUUGUGCGGGAGCAGUACCUACAGUACCAGGCACCUUACAAUGAUCUGUCUAACUAUCACCUCGCAUGGGGACCAAGGGCCUAUGCUGAAACCAGCAAGAUGAAAGUUCUAGAGCACUGGGCCCAGUUCAGUGGACUUGAACCCAGGUGCUUCCCAUCCCUUUAUGAACAGGCUUUGAAAGAUGAGGAAGCAUUGUCCUUGUAUUUGUGCUAUAAGAGGUCUACUAAUUAG